AUGGAUUAUUGCUGGAACUUCAACCAGGCCGGUGCUUCCCUACAUAACGCUUUUGACAAUAUGGCCCUGAUGGAUCAAGCUAGGAAGAAGAUUGGAGACAAUACAGCCAGGGUAUGGCUUGGCGGGUAUUGGAACGGUACCUCCAUUAAAUGGGAUGACAACUCGGCGCCUGAAUAUAAUAAUCUUCAAAAUCCCAAUUCCGGCUACCUGGUGCUCCGAUUAUCGGAUGGAAAAUGGGAUAUUGUGGAGAGUGGUAGCUAUGCGACUGCUUGUAUUGGACAAGAUCCUAAACCGCAACAAGUCUUUCCCUGUGAUGACGAGUGGCUGUACUCGGCCAGGUUAAAGAGUUGCUACAAGUUAAUCGGCAACUUCUCGGGCUUCACCUGGCCACAAGCGCAUCAGAGGUGUCUAUCUCUUGGAGCGGAUCUGACGUCAAUCCAUUCUGAUGAAGAGAAUCGGAUCGUUGUCGAAAUGGCCGACACCUUCCUCGACAUCCAAGACGACUUCUCUAAAUGGACCACGGCGUGCACAUGGAUUGGUGGAAAACGAACGGGACCCGGAAAGACUGACUUUGUCUGGACGGACGGUACCAAAUGGGACUACACAAAAUGGGCCGAUAAUCAACCGGAUAAUUAUGGUCCUGAAGGGCAACCGUGGGUCCAGAUCUACACGACGCGGCACAACGAGUACGGGGAUGUCGAUUCGCGCUACCUAAACAAAUGGGACGACAUCUACGACAAAAACGGCUACAAUGCCGUGUGCAAGAAACCGGCGAAAUUU